ACAUGUUUGGACACUGAGACGGACAUAACGCCACAGUGGGCUUUUCAAGUCUAAGUUAAUCUUUCAUUUCCUCGUGUGUGCUGUUUCGUCCGUCGUGUGACAAACUACUCUUUAUUAAUUACUCGUGUCAAGAUACACUCGACUCGUCUCCGUGAACUUAGAAACUUCUCGGACUAGCUUAGCUUAGCUUGCUAGCUGCUAACAAAGAGAGGCGGAAGUUGCUCAGCAGAGAUCACGUGUGAGUGUAAAGUGUUGCGAUUGCGUGGAAAUGUGCGAAAGAUCGAUAGCAGAGUACGAGGAAUGACUUUCUCGAACAAAAGAGGGGAACGAGCGACGACGUCAACUACUGGACGCUAUUUUCAAGAAGCCUCAAGUUGUGUGACACAGAACAGGGGAACAGAUGUUGGAUCUGCCGCCGGAGCUCUGCGUGUCCGUGUUCAGUUACCUGAGCACGAAGGAAAAGCACGCCGUCCGAUGCUGCUGCAAGGCCCUCAGGAAGCUCAUCGACCACCCUUGCCUGUGGAGGAGGCACAUUGUGGUGCUGAAGGAUCUCACCCGCUACACCCCUGGCUUCUGGGACACCCUGCGCCACCGCAAGGUGACCCGGGUGGUUGUGUGGAAAUUUAAGCAUAAGGAUUGGUGGAUGCUCGCCAAGUUCCUCCCAACGCUCACCGCCAUCGUGUUCAAGUACGUAGGGUUGCACAAGAGGAUGAAACUGGACCUGGACUACCUCAUGCUGUUCUCAGAUCUCAAGGACGUGGGCGUACGGAACACCGCCUUGUCGAAGCCCAUGCUGGGCCCCAGCCUGAUCGCCCGGCUGACAGGUCGUCUGACACACCUGAGCAUAUGCAACGUCAGCCUGACGUGCAUCAGCGCCUUCUUUAAAGCCGUGUCGCACCUGAGUAACCUGCAGUACCUGCUCUUCCACCACCUGGAAGAGGUGAGUCCCGUGCCCCGCCAAGACUUGACCCACAUGAUGGUGCAGCUGAAGCAGCUCAAACACCUCUCAUGGGGAAUGAGGGGGCAGUCGCAGGAACCUGUGCCCGACGACUGCCUGAGCCUCCCGGACCCUCGGCAUCCAGGAUCCCAGUACGACGGCCCAGCUCUGACCACCUUGGAGCUGGAGGUCUACCACAAUACCAUCCUGCCCGAGGUGGCCUUUUGGAGCCUGACCUCGCUCAGAUCGCUGACGGUGCGCUACAGGUCCUUUCCAGAUGGCGUGAAUUGUCGCCUGAACUCCUGGCUGAGUCCCAUCAAGCACUUGGAGUCUUUCAGCAUCUACGGCAUCAACUUCCUGGCCAAGUACUGGACCAACAUCCCCGCCAGCGUGACCAGCCUGACGCUGCGUGUGAACGUCAUUCUCAAGGACUUGGACUCCAUCGCUGCCAAAGUCCCGUCUCUGGAGCACCUGGACAUCAACAAUAAAAACGAGAGCCAGGAGGGCAGCCUGUGUUGUUGCAUCGCCAAGUUGUUCCCUCAACUCAAGACGCUGCGCAUAAGGUUCCCCAUGCAGGGUCGUGGGUUGGACCUGCUAAGCCUCAACCACCUGCGGCACCUGGAGCGACUGGAGCUGAUGAUGGAUUGCUCCAGGGUCCGGAAGAAAUGCCUGAAGCGGAACCCCUGCUCCAUCCCCUCCAUGCAGGACGUCGCCAACCAUCUGCAGGGCUUCUCUAAAGGGACCCUCCCGUCGACUGGGUUGAACUCCAACGUGCAGGCUUUGAGCCGGGGGUGGCCAACAAGAAUUGACACCCUAGCCCGUCGUCUCUCACUGCUUGCAAUGCCAGAGUGGAAGAGUCCAGCCCCUAUCGAGAGAACUGGUUCCAGAGCCCUUGCUGUGCGUCGAAGAGAUCCAGCCGGAACUUCUCCACUUCGCGUAGUAGCUCAGGCUCCUUCCCCCCCCAGCGAGGUAACUUUCCACGUCCCAAAAAUUAGCUUCUGUAACCGAGGAUCAGACCGCCAAGUGCCCAGGCGCUCGCCAUCAUGCCCCACCUCCGGGCCUGGCUCCAGAGGGGGGCCCCGGAAAUCUUAGUCCUUGUUUUCUCAUUUCCAUAAAGGUAUUCGAGCUGCUCUUUGUCUGAUCCCUCACCUAGGACCUGUUUGUCUUGGAAGACCCUACCAGGGGUCAUAGAAGUCCCCGGACAACAUAGCUCCUAGGAACAUUGGGACACGCAAACUCCUCUACCACGACAAGGUGUCAGCUUAGAACGGAGAUUUAUGGAAUGUGGGACUAUAAAAGGCAUCGGGUGCUGUCGCAUGAGGCAGAAGCGGAAACUGACGUCAGACACCACCUGGACCACCUGCUAGCCAGAUCGUUUUGCUGCGGAGCCACUACUUGGAGCAUAUCCACAUUUUUUACCUUUUUUGUGUUUUUAUCAUUGGCCUGUGGAGAAAUGGGACUAAAAGAGACAAUUACCAGGAGGACUUGAGUUGGAUGCGUGGUACCGUAAGUAGGCUGUGGCUUCCAAUAUUUUAUCGCUUGCCCGUACAUGCAUGUCACAUAUGUGACUUUGGGUAAUAUAUUUUCUGUAUAAACUUUGGGUGUUGAUCUGCACUUUGGACUGUGGGGUUGAGUGUGGUGGCAUUGUAUUGGCGGGUUACAUGGACGGCGGGAGGGGGGAGAUAGUUGUUUUGCGGGAUUAAUUUGUUUGGUAUUAAAAAGAAAGCCUGAUUGGGGUGUGGCCAGUGUUGGGUUACUUACUGAAAACCAGUAACUAGUUACAGUUACUAGUUACUUUAUUUCAAAAGUAACUCAGUUACUUACACCAAAAAGUAAUGCGUUACUGUGAAAAGUAACUAUUUAGUUACUUUUUUUUUUAAUAGUUUUUUUUAAGGCUCCCGUUAAUGCCCUUUUAGCCUUCAUUUCAGUACUGUUAUUGCACUGGAGAAUAAUACAAUCUGUUGAUCAACUUGACAUGCAUUUGCAUCACUGCACUCUGCUAAGCAAUGUGGUCUACAUACAACACACAAAGACAAAGAUACGUUUCAAAGGGCCAAUUUGUUUCAGGCCAGAACAAAUUGACAAAACUAUUUUAAAUAGCUGCAACAUAACAUACAUAAGUAACAAACCGCAUAAGGCUGCAGCUAACGAUUAUUUUUCUAUCGAUUAAUCUAUAGAUUAUUUUUUCGAUUAAUCGGUUAAUCUAUAGAUUAUUUUUUCGAUUAAUCUAUAGAUUAUUUUUCCUUUUACCGAUUAUUUUUUUUAUUUAAAAUGAAGAUGAAAAAAUAAAUGUAGGCCAGUUUUUUCAAAAGGCAUGGCUUUUAUUUACAAAAAAAAAAGUAUGGCCACUCAGUCAACAUUGACAACAACAUGACAAAAUAUUCUGUAACAAUGUAAACAUUUAACAAAAUUAAAAGUAGCUUAUUUGCUUUUAAUGUGCAAAUAUAAAAGUAAACAUCCAGUGCAAAUCUUAAUAUUCUGCAAUAGUAUAAGCAUUUCAAAAGUACAGGUAUUGCUUAUUUUGCUUUAAAAUGUGCAAAAAUAAAGAUAAACAUCCAAUUAAAAAAAGUGCAAAACGGAAAUAUUCUGUAACAACAGUGUAAACAUUUCAACAAAAGUAAAAGUAUUGCUUAUUUGCUAAAAUGUGCAAAAAUAAAGAUAAACAUCCAAUACAAAAAAGUGCAAAACGAAAUAUUCUGUAACAACAGUGUAAACAUUUCAACAAAAGUAAAACUUUUGCUUAUUUUGCUUAAUAACACAACAAUGAUAGUAUGAUUAAAGUGAAAGUUAAUUGUUCGUUUGUACAUAGUAUACGUAAUUGUUAAUGUUGUAAAAGGUAUUUGCACAACUAAUUAACGUUAGCGUUAAAGAG